AUGUCCAGAGAUCUCAUUGAGCGGAAGGCCCUGCUUCUCCUACCCCAUAUUCCCUUGCUGGUAGUGUCCCAGGGCGCUGAGGCCAUAAUAUUCCAAACCUCUGUCCAUCCCUAUCUUCCUCAGCUCACCAGCAGCGACAGCAUUUAUAUCAUCAAGUAUAGGCCUUCGAAGCCAUACAGACACCCAAUUCUAGACAAGCAAAUAACCAAACAUCGCACUCUAAACGAGUCGAAGCUAUUGUUGAAACUUCUAUCGCUAUCGAAUUCCAACGACAUUAUCAACGACGGUGCUGUCUUGACACCAAGCUUAAUUGCAACUGAUAUUCCCAAUGGCUUGAUUUGGUUGCAAUUUGUUGGCCAUUUUUUAAAUGACCCAGAUGGAGUCAACCAGAAAAACUUCAAUAAUAUAUCGUCUUUGAAAAACUAUUUAUGGUCAAUUGAAAAAAAGAUUCCAUUGCACAUUCAUUCAAAUUUAAAGGAAGACGAUAUCAUCAGUCAAUCUCUAGAAAAGAGCAUAAUCUCUAUAAAUUACAAAAUCAAAAAUCUAUUAACUCUAAUCGGUAUUGAAAUUGCAAAUUUACAUAUAUUCGACAUUUGUCAUGGGGACCUAACUUCUUCAAACAUCAUUCUUCAAAAGAAUUCAAACUAUAUCCUGAAAGGUAUCAACAUUGAUAUUGAAAAUGAUACAGAUACUGAUGGUUAUUUACCUUACUUGAUUGAUUUUGGUUUAAGUUUUCAAUCGAAUUUAAUUGAGGAUAAAGCUGUCGACCUUUAUCUUUUAGAAAAAGCAAUAAUAAGCACGCAUCCUUUAUUUGCAAACAAUUAUUAUAAUGUCUGGCUAUUAAAUGGUUACAAAACAGGCUACCAAUUAAAAUCAAAAAAACUAAAUAACAAAUCAUAUAUAAAUCAACACAAGACUAUCAUCAAAAGAUUAGAUUUGGUUCGAUUGAGAGGUAGAAAAAAGAGCAUGAUUGGCUAA